AUGAGGAAUCCUGUGAUAAUAUGGAUGAUUUUUCCAGUGGUGCUUUUCAUGGAACCUUUCUACGUUAUUCCAUGUUAUGUAUCUGAUGUGGACAUCCAGAGAUAUCAGAGAGAGUUUGAAGAUCUCGUUUCAAAUGGAAUAGGAGUGAUUUAUGUUAAUGUUUCUUCUCCAUCAUUUGAGAACAUUUCCCUAACUCAAAAAGAGUGGAAUAAGAUAAUCGACUGGAUCUGGGUCACAGAAGAAUACAAAUACUUUUUAUCAUAUCCAAUAGAUAUCGAUGUAUUCACCUUGGGAUUGAUGAAACGAAAUGUCCGUUCUCUAAAAAUGAACAUCACUAUAGAAACUAAAGAAAAUUGCACCAGUGAUAGACUAUGGAUUCAGGUUUACGAGUAUUUGUUUGAAGUUCAUAAUAGAUCAGAUGGGCAAUUUUGCCAUCGAUAUUUUGAAGACCAGGAUUGGAAAAAAAUAUUAUCCCAAAUAUCACAUGCCUCUAUCGGAUACGGAUUCCAUUGUUUUCAAAACAAUGAUUCCUCGUCUCCUGUCACAAUCGAAAAAUCUCCCGUUAUAUACAUUACCAUUGCAACUAUUUUCAUAUUAUUCGCUUACUACCCACUGAUAUUGUCACCCUCUUCUCAAAGGACACAAGGCGAAAGACAGCUUAUUGUAUACAAUAAAGCUGAUUAUCCUUACACCCCUCGUCGUCUGUUUCUUUAUAUCAUUUUCAAAACUGGCAACAUGCACCUAAGUUUUUCCUUGAUUUUUUUUCUAUUGUACAACCUAUUGUUGCAAAAGAUACUACAGAUAAAAGAUACAAACGAAAUAGAAAUAAAACAUUUUGAUGAUAUUGUUCGAUAUUACUUUCCUGUUCCUAGGGAAAUAUUCUUUCUUUUUGCAAAACUAAUGUUGACAUCAUUUCUGCUGAUCAUUAUGUAUUUGACAUUAAAUGAACUUAACUUUUUUGACAGUGAAAAUUCGUUUGGCAGUGAAAAAUCAUUUGAUUUGAAUACAUUUCUUUUGUAUAUAUUUGUAUUACUAACACCAGGAGUUCUUGGAAUUCUGUUUUUUUGAAAGUAAUGCUGACAAAAUAGAAAGAAUGCACGAUGAAUUAAAUAAAUUGGUUAAAACUU